CUGAUUGGCUGCUGGCGGGGCGUGCAGCAGUGACGACAGGGAAGAAAAAUGGCGGCUAUGACAAGAGGCUCCUCUGCGGUGUUCAGACUGCUGAUCCAGCAGUACCGCCAGCAAUGUUUACGCGCCCACAAUGUGCGUGGCCACACCUGUAUCGCCUUUCUUCCCACCGCACUCAACAGGAAGUUCCCAAUGUGCAAUAGAAGCUUCCAGAUGUCGAGCCGGAUGCUACACAUGUCAGCAGCGGGUCGAGGACCAAUCAUCCCGUUCAAAUUGUCGGACAUUGGUGAGGGAAUCAUGGAGGUGACGGUGAAGGAGUGGUACGUCAAGGAGGGAGACAAAGUGUCUCAGUUUGACAGCAUCUGUGAGGUCCAGAGUGACAAGGCUUCUGUCACCAUCACCAGUCGUUACGAUGGCGUCAUUCGAAAACUCUACUAUGACACAGACGCCAUCGCCCUGGUGGGCAAACCUCUAGUGGACAUUGAGACCGAGUCCAGUUCAGACGUGAUCCAGGAAGAAGAUGUGGUGGAGACGCCUGCCAUGGCUCGAGAGGAACACACCCACCAGGAGAUCAAAGGUCACAAGACCCAGGCCACACCUGCUGUUAGACGCCUCGCCAUGGAGAACAAUAUAAAGCUCAGUGAAGUGGUGGGGACAGGAAGAGACGGACGCAUCCUGAAGGAAGACAUCCUGAACUUUCUGGCCAAGCAGACAGGAGCCAUCUUACCCCCGACCCCAUUUCAGGAAAUCCAGACUCCAUCUCCUACUCCUCCCAUUGCUCCUGCCGGGCCCGCAAGGACUUCAGCAGCCCUCAAGGCCCAGCCCGCCACGUCCAAACCUGUCUUCACUGGCAAAGAUGUUACUGAGCCCCUCAAAGGCUUCCACAAAGCCAUGAUGAAGACUAUGACGGCGGCUCUCAAGAUUCCUCAUUUUGGUUACUGUGAAGAAGUGGACGUGAGCCGCUUGGCGGCCCUCAGGACGGAGCUUAAGGCUGUUGCUGAAGGUCGAGGCGUCAAACUGAGCUACAUGCCCUUCUUCAUCAAGGCCGCCUCCCUCAGCCUUGCCCACUUUCCCAUCCUCAACUCCUCAUUGGACGAGGGCUGCCAGAACAUCACAUACAAGGCGUCUCAUAACAUUGGCGUCGCCAUGGAUACCAGCCUGGGCCUGCUGGUUCCCAAUGUGAAGAACGUGCAGCUUCUCAGUGUCUUUGACAUUGCGCAGGAAGUCAACCGCCUCCAGGCGCUCGGUGCUGCUGGUCAGUUGGGAACGACCGACCUGAGCGGAGGCACCUUCAGCUUGUCCAACAUUGGAUCGAUUGGAGGGACGUACGCCAAACCGGUGAUUCUUCCUCCAGAGGUUGCCAUCGGAGCUCUGGGGAAAAUUCAGAUUCUCCCACGCUUCGAUGCCGCCGGUCAUGUGAUUCGCGCUCACAUUAUGAAUGUCAGCUGGUCUGCGGAUCAUCGCAUCAUUGACGGUGCAACCAUGUGUCGCUUCUCCAACAUGUGGAGGGACUAUCUGCAGAACCCGGCUAGCAUGCUACUGGACCUCAAAUAAAGCCCGGCUCUCUGCCCUCUUCCUGCGGCAGAUCUUCAUUCUCUUUUGCGGCCUUUGGGUGGGGUGCUGAGCUGAAGAGGCUAGCUCUUGUUUGAGGUGGUUUCCUAGAGGGCUGUGAUCACAUGACCCACCACUGCAGGUCUGAGACUUGGAUCACAUGACCAUCAAGCACAGUACCACAGAUGUAGCCACACGACUCCCACCUCUGAGCUUUUGUACAUUUUAAAGAUGAAGAUAAUGAUGAAGGGGAUCGUUAUUGAACCUUUGCUGUUACCACCUCAUCAUCAUCAUCACGGUGGUGGUCUUCUGCCCCAUGUAGUACACAUUUAUUCUGUAUUUUUGACCAGUUUCAGAACCUUUCCAGUGGCGUUUGAUGACUUUCUUGUGUGUGUUUUUUUUGUUUCUUUGUCAAUCCUAUUGGUUUCGUAGGGGAAAAUAAAAUCUAAUCGAUAUUA